CUCGUCCAUUCAAAACGUCUUCGCCGGUUGUUCUCGUACACCUUGUGGGGCUAUCUGUCAGAAAUGUCUAUAUUUUAACCCCACCGACGUCACUUAAGUCCGAAAAGUAGUUCAUCUGUCUGCCAGCAUGGACCAGGGUUAGCCUGGCGGUACAGGGCGCUAUGGUAGGCUGGAAGAAGCCUGGUUUUCCGCCGGUACAAUUCUCGGAGUUCGCCGCUGCCACAGACAACUUUGGAGGCUAAUUACUGGAAAAUCGAUCAAAUGGCCUAGCCCAGAAAUUCUGUAAGUUCGGAGAAAUGAGUGCCAAGACCUGCGGGGGCGUUUAGGGAAGGCGGUAUCUCAUCAUGAUACGCCAGGAUGGGAAAGACCACGUUGGUUACUGGCCGGUUGUACGGGACGGAGGGAAGCUCGUGGUGUCGGACACCCACCCCGCUCCGGGCCACCCUGUCCCGGGACAGCGGGGCGGCAACAGCGACUAUCUCAUCAGCCCCGUUCACUCCCAUCCUAAAGCUCUGGAAGUACAGAAGGAACUACAGACGUUAGAUAACGUGUUUGAUGAAGUAGAGACCAUGGUGAACAGACUAAAGCUGGGAGACAGAUGGGGAAGGAACGUGAAACAGUCCCACCUACCAGUCAUGAUCCCCAGAGUGAAAUCCAGGACGCCUGAAGGAUUUCACCAGGGGAGUAGUGCGAACCACGCGUCGGACUAUGAGCGGUUACUGGUCAAGAUCAAACACGCGUUGAACAUGUUGGGGAGACUCCGGGAGUACAUCAUGCAGCCGAACGCGCCUGAGUUGGUCCACACGCUGUUCUCUUUGCUGGCAGCGUUGAAGGUUCACAACGGAGUGAUAGAGAGGACUGCACCCUUGGUGCUUGAACCUAUGUUAACGCCCGCUGCCACAAAACUGUUGCAAAACUGCCUGUCGUCGAGAGAGAUGCAGCUGUGGCAGUCCUUAGGAUCUGCUUGGACAACUCCGAGCGAGGGUGCAGCAGGCCAUAAGUCAGAGAUGUAUGCACCACCGUGGCACUAUAACGAGAGGAUAGAAAGACCAGUUCAACAGUUACAGAGACCUAGCCCUUCUUCAAGGCGAAAUGGUGGCAAAGACGACGUCCUUUUUGACUACCACGACGAGACGUCGUCGGAGGACCAGAGUACCGGAGUACACACCGUUACCAAGAACUUCGGGGAGAAGUUCAGCACGAUAGGGUCCGAUUACUACAGUCGGCAAUCCUCGACAACCCACAGUUUGGCGUCACUUUCCCUAGACGACGAAGAUGAAGAGGAUGACAGAAAAUGGAGAAGAUGGAAAGUUGAUCCCAAAACAUUUGAAUCGAGAGAGCCAGACACUGACAGUGUUGCAACAGACAGUUCUUGGACAGCUGUAUGGAUAAAUACAGACAAACCAGGAGCAAGACCCAAACGAGAAAAUUGGAAUCAUUAUAAAUCACCAGAGGCGGUGGUGGCAGAUUUGAAACACAAACACCGAGCGUCGGGGCUUGAUAAGACGUAUUCACCUAAAGAAGUGGCCAAGUGGAUGAAGAAACAUGGCUUCAGCAGAUCCAGCAUUGAUGCCUUCCAGGGUCUGGAUGCCGAGCGCCUUCACGGGCUGACCAAGAGAGAGAUGGAGAUUGUCUGUCCAGAGGAAGGCUCCAGAUUGUAUAACCUCAUAGCGGGGUAACCUGAACAUAAAAAGAAAAAAAAUUAUUUUAUUGUUCAAAAUAGAAAAUAAGAUCAGGCAAUCAAACAUUGACUUUAUGAAAGAAUAGAUUUUUGAGAGAGUUCUCUAACGUUUUCGAAGAAGUCGCACUGGCAAUCGCUAU